AUGGUGAACUUUCCAGGUCGCGCGUCUGAUGAGCAGACCAAGAAGCUGAGAGACCAUCGGCAAUGGCUCCACGACAACAUCCGCAACGACUGGUCACAUCCCGACGCUCCUCACCUUUUACCUUCUCACUACCACUCGACCCAAGUUGCUCCUGGCGCCUCGUCCACAAUCACUAUGCCUGAGCUCACCCAAGAUGCAAGAGUCCUCGUCAACGACCACAUCAAACAGUUUCCUAUCCCCGACACCAUGAGGCCGGUAGCUGCCUUGGCAUCCAACUCCUUGCAAUGGCACGAACGCUACUACAGCGAUGGCGAAGACUCGGCUUCGGACGACGACCGCGACAAUGCGACCCCUGCCUUCGACACACCCGACUCGGUUGGUGCCAACAUAGCAGCCCGCAAAGAACGAAGGCGUAGACGCCGCCAGCAGAGAUUUGAGAAUGAGAUGCAGGAGAAUAUCGGCCUGGCCCACUGGAGUGCCCAGAGGAAUUUGUGGACUGGCGCGAGACCCAAGAACGAGGUGCAGCCGACGCAGCCUUCGCCUGUGCAGCCUCAUUCUGCUCAGACUCCCUCGCCAGCUUCCACUCUGGUUGAACCAAAAGUUCCAGAUGCGGAUCAAAUGGUCCCCGGAGCACAAGCACUCUUUCUGAACCCCAUUCGCGACCGCAUCACCGAAAACUCAUACUCGGACAUUUACACAAAGAUCAUCUUGCAAAGUCGCACUCCCUCCAUCCCCAUCAGCCUGAAGGAUGUUACUCGCUCCUUGGUUCAGGGCUGGAAAGAAGAGGGCCAAUGGCCACCGAAGCCCACACCAGCAGAGCCUAGCCUGGUCAAGAAGAACGGUCAUCCCCACAUCAAGGGCGUGCUGAACAAGCUGGGCAGACCGUUUGGACUCAAGGGACAAGGACUUCNNCCUAUUGAAAAGGGCUCAGCACAGGGUCAAGUUUAG